AUGGCUUGGGGCGAGCUCGGGCUGCUCCGCUGGCUGCGGGAGAGCCGCCAGUCCCGCAGGCUCAUCCUGCUCAUCGUCUUCAUCGCGCUGCUGCUGGACAACAUGCUGCUCACCGUGGUCGUGCCAAUAAUUCCCAGUUACCUUUACAGCAUCGAACACCAGAAAAACGCCACAGAAAUCCAGACUGCUAAGCCCAACCUCCCCUCAGCAACCAUGGACAAUUUCCAGAGCAUCUUCUCCUACUACGACAACUCCACCAUGCUCACUGGAAACGAGUCUGACAGGACACAGCCUGCAGAGCUGCCUGAGAGCCAGACAGAGCCCAUGGCUGUCAGGGUGACCGCGGCCCCCUCUGACUGCCCCAAGGAUGACAAGGAGCUGCUGAACGAGAACGUCCGCGUCGGCCUCUUGUUUGCCUCAAAAGCAACAGUGCAGCUGAUGACCAACCCCUUCAUAGGGCCCCUGACUAACAGAAUAGGCUACCAGAUCCCACUGUUUGUUGGCUUCUGCAUCAUGUUUGUGUCAACCAUCAUGUUUGCCUUCUCUGGAAGCUAUGCACUGCUAUUUAUUGCCAGGUCCCUGCAAGGAGUGGGUUCCUCUUGUUCUUCUGUGGCAGGGAUGGGAUUGCUUGCCACUGUUUACACGGAUGAUGAAGAGAGAGGCAACGCGAUGGGAAUUGCCCUUGGAGGCCUGGCUAUGGGAGUACUAGUGGGCCCCCCUUUUGGGAGUGUCAUGUAUGAGUUUGUGGGGAAGAGCUCUCCCUUCCUGGUGCUGGCAGCCCUGGCUCUGUUUGAUGGAGCUGUUCAGUUACUUGUCCUGCAGCCCUCCAGAACACAGGCAGAAAGUCAGAAGGGGACACCUUUGCUGACACUCCUGAAGGACCCAUACAUCAUUAUUGCAGCAGGCUCCAUCUGUUUUGCAAACAUGGCUAUUGCUAUGCUUGAACCAGCUUUACCCAUCUGGAUGAUGGAGACCAUGUGCUCAAAAAAAUGGCAGCUUGGCGUCGCUUUUCUUCCAGCCAGCAUCUCUUAUCUCAUUGGGACCAAUCUUUUUGGGAUACUUGCACACAAAAUUGGAAGGUGGCUUUGUGCUUUGCUCGGGAUGCUAAUCGUGGGAAUAAGUAUUUUAUGUGUACCGUUUGCUAAAAACAUUUAUGGGCUCAUAGCACCAACUUUUGGAGUUGGAUUUGCCAUAGGGAUGGUGGACUCCUCCAUGAUGCCAAUCAUGGGCUACCUGGUGGAUCUGCGCCACGUGUCAGUCUAUGGCAGUGUGUAUGCCAUAGCUGACGUUGCCUUCUGCAUGGGUUUUGCCAUAGGUCCCUCUGCUGGUGGUGCCAUUGCCAAGGCCAUUGGAUUCCCCUGGCUCAUGACAAUUAUAGGAAUUGUGGAUAUCAUCUUUGCUCCCUUGUGCUUUUUCCUUCGAAGUCCACCUGCCAAAGAGGAGAAAAUGGCAAUACUCAUGGAUCACAACUGUCCUGUGAAAACAAAAAUGUACACCCAGAACAACAUCCAAUCCUACCCCAUAGGUGAAGAAGAGGAGGAAUAUGAAAGUGAUGAAUAACA